UGGCUGUAAUUCUUGCUAGUCAAGACCCAGGGAUCCAAUUUCAGUUACUGGCGUCAAGCAGGCGCACUGGACUAACACAAAAACCUUAACCUUCUCAAAAGCGUCACGGAAUGUGCAAAUAGCGGCGUCUCUACUCAAAAAUACAGAUCGAUGCACACAGCCUCCUGAAAUGUAUCUGGGAAAGGCACUUGGGCAGUGCCCAUUGUGAUUAUCUGGUGAUCAGAAAGUCCCAUAGCAGUUAAAUUGUUUUGGCUUUUUUUAGCUCACGUUCCCAUGUGACACCCAGAAGGUGUGUAUGUGGUUGCAUUUAUUUAAAUCUAUAAAGAAAGCAGUGUAAUGGAUCAAAGGCGAGGCUACGAAGAAAACCGAGCGAAACGCAUUAUAAUCGUAAAAUUCAACUAAAAGACGAAGAAAAAAAAAAGGGGGAAAAAAAAACACCGUGGCACUUUUUUUUUCUUCCAGUGACCUCCCACACGAUCAGUUUAAUCUGGAGGACUGAUCAAAACAGUUGGCUACACUAGCUCUUUUCUGCUGUGAAUGUGCAGCUAUGAUGAUGAUGUCACCGAGUCUCCACUUUUUCUUCUAGUUAUGGCGGAGCCGAAGUUUUCAAACUUGGAUUUUUAAAGGUAGCGUCUUUUGCCAAUGGAGCACAUUCAAGGAGCCUGGAAGACCAUUAGCAAUGGGUUUGGCCUGAAGGAGUCGGUGUUCGACGGUCAGUGCAUGUCGCCCACCAUUGUCCAGGGCUUCCCUUACCAGCGGCGCUCUUCGGAUGAUGGCAAAAUCCCCGACCCCAGCAAGGCCAGCAGCACCAUCCGGGUCUACCUGCCCAACAAACAGCGCACUGUGGUGAAUGUGCGUCCUGGAGUGACCCUACACAACUGCCUCAUUAAGGCCCUGAAAGUUAGGGGUCUCCAGCCAGAAUGUUGUGCUGUCUUCAGGCUGCACCCAGGACAGAGAAGCAGAAAAUCCCGCAUGGAUUGGAAUACGGAUUCUACCUCAUUGAUUGGGGAGGAAUUGCUAGUGGAGGUUUUAGACCACGUACCCUUAACAACGCACAAUUUUGUCCGGAAAACGUUUUUGAAGCUGGCUUUUUGUGACAUAUGUCAGAAGUUUCUUUUAAACGGUUUUCGUUGCCAGACUUGUGGCUAUAAAUUCCAUGAGCACUGCAGCACCAAGGUCCCUACCAUGUGUGUGGACUGGAGCAACAUCAGACAGCUUCUAUUGUUUCCAACUCCAGGAGAGAGUGGGGCCCCCUCUCUGCCUCCUUUAACUUCACGACGAAUGCGGGACUCCCUCUCACGAUUCCCCCCCAGCUCCCAGCACAGACAUUCUACACCCCAUGCCUUUAAUUACAUAACACCCUACCCACCCACAGGGGGAGCUCUUUCUCAGAGACAGAGGUCUACGUCCACCCCUAAUGUCCACAUGGUCAGCACUACCAUGCCAGUUGACAGUAGCAUCAUAGAGCUAGAUUGCCUGAAUGCUUCACCUAGUUCCUGGUGUCGGCGAUUUUGCCUGAGAGGAAGAGAUGCAAUCAGAAGUCACGAAUCAGGGAGCCCCACCAGUCAGAGUCCGACUGGCUGGUCUCAGUCCAAAACCCCUGUGCCUGCUCACAGAGAGAGAGCCCCUGCUUCCAACACGCAAGAAAAAAACAAAAUUCGACCAAGGGACAAAAGAGAUUCCAGCUACUACUGGGAAAUUGAAGCCAAUGAGGUCAUGCUGCUAUCUAGGAUAGGCUCUGGCUCCUUUGGGACAGUGUACAAGGGGAAAUGGCAUGGUGAUGUCGCUGUGAAAAUUCUCAAGGUCACUGAUCCAACGCCAGAACAGUUUCAGGCCUUCAGAAAUGAAGUGGCAGUCCUGAGAAAAACAAGACAUGUCAACAUUUUAUUGUUUAUGGGCUACAUGACGAAGGACAACUUGGCCAUCGUGACACAGUGGUGUGAGGGCAGUAGUCUUUACAAACACCUGCAUGUCCAGGAAACAAAUUUCCAGAUGUUCCGGCUCAUAGACAUCGCCAGGCAGACUGCGCAGGGCAUGGACUAUUUGCACGCUAAGCAUAUUAUCCAUCGGGACAUGAAAUCAAACAAUAUCUUCCUGCAUGAAGGGUUGACAGUGAAGAUUGGGGACUUUGGACUAGCAACAGUAAAAGCGAGGUGGAGUGGUUCUCAUCAAGUUGAACAGCCUUCAGGGUCUAUACUGUGGAUGGCUCCUGAAGUCAUUCGGAUGCAGGACAACAACCCUUACAGUUUCCAAUCUGAUGUGUACUCCUAUGGGAUUGUUCUCUUCGAGUUAAUGACAGGAGAACUGCCUUACUCGCAUAUAGCCAGUCGAGAUCAGAUCAUUUACAUGGUUGGGAGAGGGUAUUUAUCUCCAGAUCUCAGCAAGCUGUACAAAAGCUGUCCUAAAGCCAUGAAGAGGCUUGUAGCAGACUGCAUCAAAAAGUCAAAAGAUGAAAGGCCUCUCUUCCCUCAGAUUUUGUCAUCUAUAGAGCUGCUGCAGCACUCGCUCCCCAAAAUCAACCGCAGUGCCUCCGAACCGUCCCUUCAUCGAGCUUCGCACACAGAGGACAUUAACUCAUGCACUUUGACCUCCAUGAAGCUGCCGGUUUUCUAGCACAACCUUCUUCUCCAGCCCAAGCCAAAUACAUUAAGCUGAAAAAAAAAACCCAGUGCAAUGCAUAGUGUGUGUUUACAAACACAUACGUAUAUAUUCAUCGUACCCAUGGACAGCAAUCCAGAGCCAAUGUUGAGAACUGUAGGAAAGAAGGGGCUGUGGAUUACUAUGAAGAAAAUACAGCUUUUUGUUCUCCCAAGUUUACAUCACUUACAUAUGGAUAGCCAGACUACAAGGUGAAGACGGCUAGUGAAGAGUUUCAAGCAGUGGAAAGAAGAAAAACUAAAACUCUUAAGUCUGUUUCAUAAUUGUGCUGAAGGAUUUAAAUUGACCCCCCCACCCCCUUCAGUUGGAUUUUAAUAAGCUUUUUUGUUGACAUAGAUGUUCCAGGGAUCAUUAACUUAUUUUAGUGCUUUUUCCCACUUGAAUUAGAUUGUGCAUAGACUUGAUGAAACAGUACAUAAAAUCCCUUCAGUGGACGAGUUGUAUUUUUAGCACUCUCUUAUAUGAGAACUAGCAUAACAUGCUGCAUUUCCCAAUUUACUAAAAUACUUUCGGACCUGUUUUAUGGUAUGAUCUUUACUACAUAGGUAAAAUUAGGGAAACGGUUACUGUAUUUUCCUGGCCCCUCGUUAUAAACAAAAUGAAUAUUUUAUGGCGUUGGCUCAAAAUUGUAUUUGUAAUGAUUUUGCUUCUAGAGCUGUUUAAAGUCAUACUCAGUGCUGUCUGUCUAGGGGUACACUGUCAUGGGAAAACUGUGAGAGGAUAUGAUAUGACUGUUUUUAGUGUCUUCAAAUGAUUUGGGAUUUUAAUUUGUUUUCGGUCUUCUGUUGCUUCUUAAAGAGGAUAAACUUUUUAUUGUAAACAAGAAUAUUGUUUAUCCAGUGUAUUUUAAUAAAAUUAAGUUAAAUAGUU